GAUAAAUAAUAAUAAUAUUAAAAUAAUCGAAGACGCAGAGAGAAAAGGAGUGGGGGGAGAGCAAGAAGGGGUUUUCGCUUUUUGGUUGCGAAGCGAGGAGAGAGAGAGAGAGAGAGAGAGAGAGAGAGAGAGAGAGGUUUGUACUUUCUCCUUGUUGGCGCGGCGGAACCCUAGUGAGCCCGGUGGGGGCGUGACAGUGAAAGUAACACAGACAAAGGAUGAGUGGUAAGGGCGGUGGAGGCCACAACAAUGGCGGCGCCAAAGCCGCAUCGGCGACGAUUCCGCCGUCGUCGAGAAAGAUGGUGCAGAGCUUGAAGGAGAUUGUGUCCAAUUUCCCCGACAACGAGAUCUACGCCAUGCUCAAAGACUGUAACAUGGACCCCAACGAAGCUGUUAGUCGCCUCCUCUCCCAAGAUCCUUUUCAUGAGGUGAAGAGCAAGCGAGAAAAGAAAAAAGAGAGUAAGGACCCAACAGAUUCCAGGCCUCGUGGGAUAAAUAGCACAUCUAGUCGUGGUGGCAAUAGGGCUGGCACAGAUCGUCAUGUUGGACGUGGUGGCGGCAACCAAUUCAGCAGCAGUGAUUCUGGUCUGCAGGCGAAACCUUUGUACAAAAAGGACAAUGGAACACCUGCUUAUGGUGGUUCUACAUCUUCUGCAUCCAGUGUGCUGGGAAAUAAUGUGUACAGGAGAUUGCCAUCCUACAGUGAUUCUGUGGUUACUGAAAAACCAUUUGCCUUAGGCAUUGGUGAUGGACUAUCUUCAUCAUCACAACAUACUGGAUUGCAAUCUGCAUGGACGGGGAAUGCAGGUCAAGUAUCAAUGGCUGACAUUGUCAAGAUGGGUAGGCCACAGGCCAAGGCAUCUGUGUAUAACUCCUCUAUCCAGAGUGGUAAUCAUCAGAAUGUCUUGGUGCCUCCAGCAGCUUUAGAUCACAAUUUGCAUUCAUUUCAAGGUCAUAGUUCCAAGGUUGCAGAGACAAAUACUAAUUCAGGCCGUGUCAUUAGCCACAAUGUUUCACAGAAUGAUGAAUGGCCUAGUAUUGAGAACCAACAUGAUGCUAGAGUGUUUGCGGAUGUUGAUGCCCAAGCAAAUUCUGAGUACUACAUGAACUCAUCAAGCUUUGCAGAGUCUGAUUGGCAGCAGAAAACUCACAUAGAUGAACAUGGAGAAGAAGAUGGUUCUGUUGAAAGUGAAGAUAAUGUUGGAUCUGCUUCUAUAUCUGCCAAAAGUGCAUCAGAGGACACAGGAGAAGAUGAUGUUUCAUCAGUGGCUGCAAACUUAGAGCAGCUAAAUAUCGAGAGAGAUGAUAAGGGGACAGAAGCAGAGGAAGACAAUCCUUCUGUAGUAAUUCCAAAUCACCUACAACUCCAUACUCCGGAAUGCUUAAAUCUUAGCUUUGGAAGUUUUGGAUCUGCAAACCCCCUUUUGAGAUCUGGGCCAUAUACAUCUAGUCAAUUGAAAAGUAAUUUGGAGGAGGAUACAGCUGGUACAACAGAUGUUUCAACAGUUGGAAACUCAGAUGCUAGAAAUCCUGACUAUUAUGGGGAUGAGCAUCUUGUUAAUACUACCUCAGAUGGAAAUUUAGUUCAAGGAACUGGUGUGAAUGCUGGGACCUAUGAACACACUUCCAUUUCACAACAAGAGGCUUUAAAACCUGAACCCCCCGAAACUGUUCAGGAAAAUCAAUAUCCGUUUCCUUCAUCAUCUCAUGGGUUUACUUAUGAAAAUGACCAACAACCAGAGGUCACAUUUCCUCAUUCGCAGACCAGCUCACAGAUGCAGAAUCUGGCUCCCUUCUCCAGUGUAAUGCAGGCAUAUACAAAUUCUUUGCCCAGUGCGCUGUUGGCUUCAACAGUUCAAACAGCAAGGGAGGAUAUCCCAUACUCCCCCUUCCCUGCAACACAAUCAAUGCCUACAAAAUAUAGUAACAUUGCUUCUUCAAUUGGUGGUUCCACCAUAAACAUGUCAGAGGCUCUAAGAGCUGGCAGCAUUUCUACACCUCAAGCUAAUGCACAAACCCUGCCUGGUGCAAGUGUUGCUACUGGACCUGCACUUCCUCAACAUCUGGCUGUGCAUCCCUACUCUCAACAUACUCUUCCUCUGGGACAUUUUGCUAAUAUGAUUGGCUAUCCAUUCUUGCCUCAGAGCUAUACCUAUAUGCCAUCAGCUUUUCAGCAGACUUUUGCUGGAAAUAGUACAUAUCACCAGUCUCUGGCAGCAGUGCUUCCACAGUAUAAAAAUAGUGUUUCUGUCAGCAGCUUGCCUCAGUCUGCUGCUAUUCCAUCUGGAUAUGGGUUUGGCAAUUCUACAAGCAUUCCUGGAGGAAAUUUUUCUUUAAAUCCACCUGCUGCUCCUACUGGGACAACCAUUGGAUAUGAUGAUGUUUUAAACUCCCAGUUUAAGGACAACAAUCAUAUGAUUUCACUGCAGCAGAACGAGAGUUCUCCCAUGUGGGUUCAGGGGCCUGGCUCUCGAACAAUGUCUGCAGUUCCUCCCAGCACCUAUUACAGCGUGCAGGGACAGAAUCAACAACCAGGUGGAUUUCGGCAAAGGCAGCAGCAACCUUCACAGCAUUUUGGAGCCCAUGGUUAUCCUAAUUUCUACCAAUCUCAGACUGGCAUUUCUCUGGAACAUCAGCAACAAAAUCCCCGGGAAGCUUCUCUGGGUGGUUCGCAAAGCCAACCAUCUAAGCAGUCCCAACAAAUAUGGCAAAACAGUUACUAAUCCUAGGCACCUCCCGGUUUUUCAGGGUCUUUAUGUGAGUUUGAAAGUGGUUAAUCAGAGGCAUUUACGGUCUAGUAACUUAAUGUAUCAUUAUUUGGUCUUUUAGAGACUAUGAGCCCAUUACCACGAGGUUGUAUUCUACAUAAUUGUGUUCGUCAUGUUUAACGUAGGUACUAAAGUGUGCUAAUUUGCUUUACUCGGUUACUUUUUGGCUUAAUAUUCUCAUCUGGUUAUAGUGCAAAAUCUCCUUUGGAUAAUAUUCUCACCUGUUAACUGAUUACGCGCACUUGUUAUGUGAUGUAUACAUUCCACUUAAGUUCUGAUGAGUUGAUAGCCUAUACGACAAUUUUUGUCUUUUAUUAAAUUAAAUAUUUAGUCUGAAAAUACUUAUUGUCAAGCUAUAAAAGACAAAUUAUGAAUUGUUAUUGCUC